AUGAAAUAAGAUAGACAGUUUGAGGAUAAAAAUUCUAAAAAAGAUUCAUUAAUUGAUAAUGCUUAAGGUAUUCUUUUUGAAAAAGAAUUCAUUACUAGUUGCAAAUCGAAUGAAAGAAAUGAAAAUAAACAUAUGAAUUAAAAUGAUCAAUAAAACUCGUAUUUAAAAUCACAAUAUGAGUCAGACUCAUCUGUUUUAAAUAACUCAGAAUUCUAAGAUGAAGAAUAUUAUUAAAAUAAUGAUUUACUAUUAAAAUUUGAAAAUAUUUCUAAAAAUAACAUAUGUAAAAAUGUCAUAAAAGCUUUUUUUGCAAACCUACUUGAUAAAAAUAAUGAUUUACUAACAGAUUUUGUAUUUAAAGAAAAAUCACAAAAUAAUGCUCGAAAGCAAACUAAGAAUUUUACUUAAUAAUACAAUUUUAAUAACAAUUACCUUCAUAAAUUAAUUUAGCAUCCUAGAUAUGGAAAAGCUUUUGAAUUUUAUCUUACAUUUGAAGCAGAGCAUUGGCUGGAAAAGAGUAAAGUUAAAUAAAAAGAAGAUCAUUAGAUUUACAUUAAUUUUUUAAAAUUAUGUUGCUGCAACACAGAUUAUUCUAAUCGACUAAUAGCAUAUAAAAAAGGUAAAAAGACAGCAUUUAAUAAUAAAUAAUGA